CAGAACGACCAGGUGUUGAGGCAGAUAUCACAUAUUUUAUAGAGCAGGACUUUGCCUCCCGAUCUAGUUUUUGCACAGAGCGAAAAUGAGCUGCAAUCUGUGGGGAUUAUUUACUCUGGCAACUGUUUUCAUGUUAUUGGAAAAUGGUUGUUGCUUCAGCCUCUGGGGGUCUGGUGAGGCCAGGGAACGUCAUCUCAGGAGAGAGAAGCGUUGUUCUUGCAGCAGCAUGAGAGAUAAGGAGUGCAUCUACUUCUGCCACAAGGACAUCAUCUGGGUCAACACACCAGGGAAAACCACGCCUUAUGGCUUAGGAAGCCACCAACACGCCGCAAAAGAUCAACUCCAAGGUGCAAAUGUGCAGAUUUCAAGGACGGAGUGUGUUCACAAUUUUGCCAGUUGGGUGGAACGAGAGACAACAGUGCCCUGCGGAAUAUUGGCAAAACAGGGCUACGACACCAAAACCCAAUUCAGUACCAAAGCUUAAGCUCAAGGGCAAGUCAACACCAAGUAAUGAAAAGUUCACAUUUGGGUCGGAUUUUAAGACAAAUUGUGCGAUCAAAUGUUCAGUUUGCUGAAAGGAAGAACUUUCCAAAGAGACAAAAUCAAGUUAAUUUGACACAACGAGUGCAAAACCAAAUGGGGAGAUGAGCUGUUAAGACUAAGUUCACUCCUUCCAGAGAGGAAGAGCCAUCUUUUGCUUCUAUUCUUCUUCCAUUGAAAGCACGUAAGGUGCAGGUAGAGAACAAGAAGAUACAAGGAGGGUUGGAGAGAUCAGUCCACAAGUAUUAACCAGCUGGUGUCGAAUACUUGCUUCUCUAUUGGACGGUGUCACAACUGCAAUAGGAAGGAGGGGGAGAGACACGCGUAGAUCGUGGAAGGAAGUGGAGCCAAAAUGCUGAAUAGAAAUCGUGCUGUAAACAACACCUUGAGGUUUAACAAGUCACUCAUAACUAUUCAUGAUACAUGUUAAGGCAACAGCAUUGGUAGGAGAGGGGAGAAAAGACUGGCUUCGAUACAUCUACCUCCACAAUAUGGCAACGAUCAUCUUUUAUGCAGCUUUAAUGAACUGGAGGCAAAACGAUAUCAAUUUCCUGGAACACAGGAUUGUCGUCAGGUACCAGAACUGAAAGCAUACACCUGCUGAAGUGACUGCUUGUGAUAUAAAACAGCCCCACAGUUACCUCAACUCUUCGUGUAAAAGAAUCAUUGCUGUUUUGUAUGAAGCAGAAGAGUACUUUUUCUUCUGUGUGCAGUCUUGGCUUUUAUUGGUGCAACAUAACAGCAUCAGUGUAUGUCUUUAUGAAUUUUGACCAAGCAGAUGUUGAUGUGGAAGCAGUGAUCCUGGUUGGUGCUGUGCUAGCUGAUCCUAGAUGGGUCAAGUUCCUGCUUCUACUUGCCAUUUACUGACUGCCCCUUCCUCCCCUCCCUUCUUGAGCCAGCACCCCUGGUGAUGUUGUGCAGCAGAUACGAAACUAAUACUGGCCAAAGCCAUGAUGGUUCUCCUGCAGUCAGGUUGCCAAUGCUUUUUGCACAGGCUCACACUUGGGCAUGAUACCAAAGGACAGCUAGAGUCCCUGGAACUGUACACCCGCAAGGUGGAAAGUCUGCAAAAGAGGAACAGAAAAUCUGAUGAGAGAAAAUAGAUGCCAUUAUCAAAAACGGGUUUACUGACUCAAUAAUCUAUAUCAAAGAUAUGACAUCUUAGAUUCUUAAUCAUUUUGCUUUGGACACAGAAGCCUAAUGAUGGUCAUUGGUAAUGGCAGAUUAAUGUUGCUAUGUUCAUCCAAACUUCCUGUGUCCUUUAUUUCAGCACACAUUAACCCAUUUAAUCCCUCUAGUAAAACAGCAGAACAGGAAUGUCUUGUGAAUGCAUUGUAUUCACUUGCUGACAUCACUCUUUCCAAGUGAUGACUCAAAACAAAAUGAUGACUUAGUCUCCCGAAAAUAUCUCCUUUGCGCCUUAUGCUAGCAGCAGUCUGGCUUUUAAACAUUUGCAGUUCAGGAACGUAUAUUGUUGGAUAUGAAUGGAGAGUAAAUAAAGUCUUUCUUUCCCCAUGAACAGACAUUAACUUCAGUCUAUUUCCAUGUAACUCAUUUCAGUGUUAAGCUUAAGGGCAAGAACCAGGGAAUAUGCAGCGAUGCAGUCCAACCAUUUCAAUAGGGUAGUUUGUACACAGGUAUGAAUGGAUAGCACAUGGCUGUUGUGAAUAAUUGUGACAUAUUAUAAAACAUGUCAGUAAAUCGCAGGUCAGUGAUAAUACAAAUGAAGGCAGACAGGAAGAAACAUUCAAAUCUUCAGUAUGUCUCAAACAACUGAAAUCCUUGUGCCACAGACAGACAGACAGACACACACACACAGAUAGACACACACACAGACAGACACAGUCAGAAAUUAAGUAAUAACACCAGGCCAGGGGUAGGUGGUGGAACAGAAUGCAGAGAUCCAGGACCUUUCAUUCACAUUUCCUUUGGCAAUUAAAGCUAGUCCAGAAGGUCAUUCUGACUCCAAUUAACAUCAUGCAGUAAGGACCUUAUAACUAUAUGAAAGGGAAUCCAAAGCCAGACUUUGUGCUUUAAGUGCAAGAUGCUUUCUAAAAUCUGAGAACUGUGAACAGGUGUUUCACUUUUAGAUAAUUCUCCAAAUGUACGGUUGAGGAAGCUGUAAGAUAAUGUUCAAGAUGGUGAUCGGGCACCAAAGAGAAGACAGUUGAGUCGUUUUUAGCAGCUGGAUGCUGUGUGCUUAGUUUUCCAGAAGAAUGAGAUGCUGUCUUCCUCUUAACUGAGUCUGCAACCAAGCUAUUACAAUUCCGGUAAUUUUUUCCGAUGCCAAUUGUCAUGCGGGAAAUGGGUCUGAAAUCCAAUCUAGUAGUCUUCACUAGGAAAGUACUAUGCUGAGCUACGAACUGGAGAACACGUUCAGUCCUCCCUAUAAUGUUGCUGAGUAAAAUCUUAUCAUUGGACACAAUGAAAAGCUUACAUCUCCAUAAUUCACUGCAGGAAGAAAGGGUCGAGUGCCAUUGGAAGGAAAACUCAACUUUCAUGCUCUGUGUUCCAAAGCAAAGUGUCCUCUGUGUAUUCAUUGUGAGAUGCCCGUUCAUAUCAUCAGAGUACAAAGCUAUCUAUUCAGGACAAAUGUUAAUUUAUUGCUGACAAUCUGUCACAUGCAGUGAUAAGGUGAACAACAUUUCGAUUAUUAAUUCAAAUGCAUAUUUAAUUAAUUUAUGAUUAAUUGUAAAUUAUUGUAAUUUGCUGUACUUUGGAACAAUUGUGAUUACCAUCUA